GCCCCGCCCCCUGCGCCGUCCGCAUCCAGCGCACCGGACAGUGAGCUCGAUCCUACCGGAGCGGUUAAAUCGUUAACGGUAAAGAUGGCAGAACGACAGCAGAAACAUGAAGGAGGCCGAGUGAAGAUCGGACAUUACCUUCUAGGAGACACUCUGGGCGUCGGCACCUUCGGCAAAGUAAAGAUUGGAGAGCACCAGUUGACAGGUCAUAAGGUUGCAGUGAAGAUCCUGAACCGACAGAAGAUCAGGAGCCUGGAUGUGGUGGGCAAGAUUAAACGAGAGAUACAGAACCUCAAACUCUUCCGACACCCUCACAUUAUUAAACUGUACCAGGUGAUCAGUACACCUACAGAUUUCUUCAUGGUGAUGGAGUAUGUCUCUGGAGGCGAGCUGUUUGACUACAUCUGUAAACAUGGACGGGUAGAAGACCGAGAGGCUCGCCGGCUGUUCCAGCAGAUCAUCUCAGGGGUUGACUACUGCCACAGGCACAUGGUGGUCCAUCGAGACCUAAAACCAGAGAACGUACUGCUGGACGCCUCCAAGAACGCCAAGAUAGCUGACUUUGGUUUGUCAAACAUGAUGUCAGAUGGAGAGUUCCUAAGGACCAGCUGUGGAUCCCCCAACUACGCUGCUCCAGAAGUCAUCUCUGGAAGGUUAUAUGCUGGUCCUGAGGUGGACAUAUGGAGCUGUGGUGUGAUCCUGUACGCCUUGUUGUGUGGGACCCUGCCCUUCGAUGAUGAACACGUUUCCACGCUGUUUAAGAAGAUCCGAGGGGGCGUGUUCUAUAUGCCGGAAUAUCUCACCCGUUCCGUCGCCUCCCUGCUGCUGCUAAUGCUGCAGGUGGACCCUCUGAAGAGAGCCACCAUUAAAGACAUUAGGGAACAUGAGUGGUUUAAACAGGACCUGCCUGGCUACCUGUUCCCCGAGGACCCGUCCUAUGACUCCACAGUGGUGGAUGACGAGGCUGUCAGGGAGGUCUGUGAAAAGUUUGAGAGCACCGAGUCUGAGGUGAUGUCCAGUCUGUACAGCGGAGACCCCCAGGACCAGCUAGCGGUAGCGUAUCAUCUGAUCAUUGAUAACCGUCGUAUCAUGACCCAGGCCAGUGAGUUCUACCUGGCCUCCAGCCCACCCCAGGGCUCCUUCAUGGAGGACGGCAUGUCACUUCCCCCCGGGGUCAAACCACACCCGGAGAGGAUGCCUCCUCUGAUGGCUGACAGCCCUAAGGCCCGCUGUCCACUGGAUGCUCUGAACACCACCAAAGCCAAACCCCUGGCAGUGAAGAAGGCCAAGUGGCAUCUGGGCAUCAGGAGUCAGAGCAGACCCUAUGACAUCAUGGCUGAGGUUUACCGGGCUAUGAGACAGUUACAGUAUGACUGGAAGGUGGUGAACCCAUAUCACCUUCGUGUUCGGAGGAAGAACACGGUCACAGGUAACCUGGUGAAGAUGAGUCUUCAGCUCUACCAGGUGGACAACAGGUCAUACCUGCUGGACUUCAAAAGCAUCGAUGAUGACAUCAUGGAGGCAGUGGGCUUUAAGUCAGCCUCCUCAACCCCCCAGAGGUCUGGAUCCACCGCGGGGCUCCAGAGACCCAGACUCAGCAUGGAUUCAGCCUGUCCUGCCAUGGAUCUCCCCAAGCUCAGCUCCUCCCUGCCUGGGUCGCUGCACUCCAGCCCAGCCAUCCUCACCUCCACACAAACCCCGCGCCAGGGCAGCCACACCAUGGACUUCUUUGAAAUGUGUGCCAGUCUUAUCACCACGCUUGCCCGUUAGAGAGCGCUAACACUGCUGGGUAAUUGGAGUUGACUUGACCCACAUCGUGAGGAACAUCUCCAGGUCAUACUCGAAUAACCUUUGUAGGAGAACCCUGCCUGGGCAUUUUAGAUGUAAUGUCUGUGUGACCCUGACCUAGUUUGACAUUGCUGUAGAAAUCUGACCACGUCUUUAAACCACAGAUUUAGGGCAUGUUUUGUGUGUAUGUUUGGACUGGGAGAGGGAAACUGAGCCUAGAUCUGUGGUGAGGGUCGGUGUCUGUCUAGAACCAGUCUGGUCCUGAAAAAGGUUAGAGGUUGCAGGGUCACGUUACGUCCAUUCAAUAUAGGCAGUUCCUCCCACAUUUCUCUCCACUUCCGAUCAGCUGCUGAACAGCCAUCACUUGUAGAACAAACACACUGCAUUUUAUUUCUGGUUUAAAUGUGUUUUUUGGUAUCAACACAUUUUCUUAUCCAUGUGUAUCAUAUAUUUAUAUUAUUAUUACUCUGAAUAGUGGAGUACUUGUUGGGACUUGCUGAAAUGACAUACCAAACGUCUUGUUUCUACAUACAAAGAAAGGAUUGUUAUUAAGAAAUCAGAUUCUUAUUUAUUCUAAGAGAUUUUAUAUAUAUUGUUUGCAAUUACUGCUGAUAUUAGGGAAUACUAUGCUAAGUUUGAACAGAUUUUUGAUGAUGAGCGGUUUUUAAAGCAAGAUGACUGGCGAAAUUGUUUUUUGGAUUAAUUAGCAUUGUUGCUACUGUGGCUAGCUUGCAAAGCAGGGGGAAAUAGGGAAGAAAGUGUAUCUGUUGCAAGCCUCAGAGGAGUUUAAGCCACGGAAUCUUUCUCCAUGUGCCUUAAAAAGACGAAUGUUGUUUCUAGGUUGUUGGCCAUUUUCUUUUGUUGACAGAAGCAGUAUGUUAACCAGACUUUGUGUGUGUGUGGACACCUGUGGGGUGUGUGUAGAGGUCUGACAGACAGAAGCUUGCCAGGGAUUAGUCAGGAGAAGAAAUUGUAGUUAACUGUGCCAAUGAGAUGUGACUUCUGAAUUGCAGGUAGAGAAGAGAUACGAGAGACCACCCAGAAGUGCUAUAAAAGUCUCAAACGCUGUUGGUGGCACACUUUUCUCCGGUCUUUAUUGUGGGAGAAUGUUUUGUCUUUAUACUAGAUAGUCUUCCAGACUCUGUCAGUCUGUCUGGCCCGCCAGCCUGUCUUUGUGUCUGCGUUGUUCCACUGGAGCCACUGAGGACAAUGCAUGUUAGUGUGUUUGUUUUGUUGUGGUCUGUUCUGGUACCAUGCUAAUUUUUUCUGGUCUAUGCUUUGUUUAUCACUAAUCGCAGAAUUAUGGAUACUGAUGGAAUUGUAGACUGCAAUUCAGUGAGAGGGUUGAGCCACAGGACAGAGACACUACUGAAACCUCUCUCUUAUGUGCUCUUAUCACCUUGUUUCCUUACCUAAUUUCCUGUCGCAUUGUUUCCUGUCACCUUAAUUGUCAUCUUGUUUCCUGUCACCUUGUUUCCUUUCCACUUGUCUUGUGUAACAUUUGGGUCAUAACAUACUCUCUUCUGAGAGCGUAGUCUGUUUUCUCUGUGUAGUUGCAAUACUUCAGCCUGAGAGGAAUAUUCACUGUUGUUAUAGAAGCAUUUCUCAGAAGGUUGCUUUAAAUGUAGCCAUUAAAAGGUCAAGGAGAAAUUAUACCCCCUUGCUGGUAGACUCAUGCAAUUAUACAAAGCAACUCCUGUGUCCUUUGCUCAUACUUGGGGAAUGUAUUUCUACACAUUCUACAGCAAGACAUACACACCCAGUCUGCCAGUGUGGCUAUACCUCAUAACAUCAAUUAAGGCGUGUUGUCAAUGCAUCUAGAAACCAAAGUGUUCUUCUCUGCCCAGGUGAUGUGAGUGAAAUAUUGCCUUCCCUCCUUUCCUCUGUCCAUGUCUAUGUGAGAGUGAAAUCUCCCUUUUUCCUUCCUUACCUCUUUCUCUCUGUUCGUCUGUCUUAGGUGUGGUUGUCUGAAUAAUAUGCACUGCAUGGUGUUCCUGUUCCGAUUUGCACUUUAAAGAAUAUUUAUUGACAAACACAAUAAACCGACGUACACAGUUGA